GACCAACCAAUCCACUGAACAAACGUGACUUGUGUGUGAAUUUGACAGUUGAUGACAAUUCGGUUUAACGUCACUUAUCAACAUUUCAACAUUUUUUUUAUCUUAUAAACAAUGGCAUCCGCUACGGUUCCUCUACUCGACGACGACAGUGUUCCUUUCGGGGAGGAAGAUGAAUUAAAGCCUGGCGGAGGAAAAGACAUUCCGCAUCCAUACGUCACAUUUUUCCACCUAUUUUUCCGAGGAGCCUCUAUAGUUACGUACAUGCUAUGUGGAUGGUUUAGUGACUCAUUCAUAACAAGUUUUGUGUUUGUGGUGCUGCUGUUAUCAGCCGAUUUUUGGACUGUCAAGAACAUAACCGGUCGCUUAUUGGUCGGAUUACGAUGGUGGAAUUACGUAGACGAUAGCGGUGUGUCCCAUUGGGUAUUCGAAUCGAGAAAGGGUGAAACACAGGGUCGUGUGAAUGCACAAGAAUCAAGAAUAUUUUGGCUGGCACUGAUACUUUGUCCGAUUCUGUGGGUUAUAUUCUUUAUUGUAGCGCUGUUCGGUUUGAAAUUCCGAUGGCUUCUGUUAGUGUUGAUUGCGUUGGCCCUGAAUGGCGCAAAUUUGUACGGCUACGUUAAAUGUAAUUACGGUGCGAAUAAAGACUUAAAUUCGGCUGCAUCGGACUUUGUUCGAACACAGAUAUUCAGAAGUGCCGUCGAUAUGAUGACUAAGCCAAAUGCACAGCCGACGACCGCUAGGCCAACGAAUGUGGUAUGAAAAGUAAUAAAUCGAUUGUUUUUCUAGUUUUCCUGAAUUUAUUUAUACACUUCUGUGACUUGUGUAUCAUUUUAAUUUAUAUUUGAUAAGACGUGACGUACGGAGGAGGGGGAGGGGGAGUAUUAUUUAAUUUUUCAAAAUAAUUUUGUCGUUGACGAUAGCAACUCCUUUCAAAUUUGAUUACAAACAAUUCAGAGUAUAGCGUUUUGCAUAUCCCAGGGCAUAUCCGGUCGUGUACGAAUUGAAAAAUUGAUAGCAAGCGGAUUUCAAAAAGUAACAAAUUUGGUAGUGAAAUACAGCUAACUUUACUUCGUCCUUUUCGCUUAAAAAUGUACCGAUUCGCGUCAUGUUUUUUUAGGACCAGUUACACAUAAUUGACUUGAAAUCUUACAAUAUUCAAUGACGUAAUGGAAAAUAUAUAAAAGUUUGUUUACACAAUUUAAGUGUUUGACCUGCUUCAUCUAUCUCGCUUUCAUAUUCAGCUGAUAUUCCGAUGUGCACGCGUCAAUUUAUGAAAUUUAUGCGAUUAUGGCUUCAUGUGGUUGAGCUACUGAACUACUGAUUUGCAUGAGUAUAUGUGAAAAUAGAUAGUGAAAAGUGAGCAAAUUAACUGCAAACAGAUGCAUUUUUUUACUUCAAACUAAUGAUGAUACAGAGAGAACUACAGUAGUAACUGUAGCGAACUUUUUUAUUAAUGAGAAAACAAUAGGAGUCCGACGACUAAUUCUUGUCCGAGGAUUGGAAAUUUAUGCAUGUUCAAAGCUAUCAGCAGUUACUACUGUAGUUCUCUCUGUAAAAGCAUUAGUAUGAAAAAAAGUGCAUCGGUUUGCAGUUAAUUUGUUCACUUUUCUCAGAGUAUUCGUUUACUGACCGUAUUCUUUACUAAAAGUCAUAAACAUGCACGAUGAGAACGCCCGCUUCAUUUUUUUUUCUUCAAAAAUGAUGUCUGGAAUAGCUAUUAAAAGUAGUAGUAUUAAAAAUAGUACAGCCGAGGAACAGUACUUUUCUUUCCUUGCCCAGGUAAGCUCAAUAUUUUUCACGCCAAAGACUCACACGCGGAGGCAAAACGACUAUUUUUAAGACUCCUGGUCAAUUGUCCAAUUACGAGUAUCUGACAGACUGUUGCUUUACCGGUGCCAGAUUUUUCGCAAAAUAGUGCCACUUUUCCAUGAAAAAUAAGGUUUUCCGACCUACGAUAUGCAAUACUUUUGCUUUGCGUUGUUUCUAAUCAAUAAUUCGCGAGUUAAAAUUAUUUGAAAUAAAAAUGUGAUGAUUGAAAUAUGAAA